AUGGCGGGAGGACAAUCGUUGGGGUGCAGCGUCUGCAAAAAGCGCAAAAUCAAGUGCGAUGAGCACGAGCCAGUCUGUCUCAAUUGUCAAAAAUCCGGCCGCGAAUGUUCCGGACCUGCUACGCCUUCUUGGACUCAAUUGGAUGGGGACGCAUCUCUUGUGUCCUUUACACCGGCGAAGAUCAGGUGGAGCGUGCCUUCGAACCGUCGUUCUCAUGUAACCAAGCCUUGGAACCAACAAAGACACUCACCGAUCUUGGCGGCUCGAGCACUAGAGUCGUCCCCUCCAGCUCUCGUGGCGUCGCCGCGUUUAAGCGAAGACCAGAGCCUUUCCAGCAGACUGGUGUACGCUAUUGAGAACACGAAGGGUACCGGUUUCACCUUAGAACUGGUAGGCAAGCAUCUCGUCCAAUUACCAGCUCGUAUCGGCGAGAACAAGGCCUUGGAUUCCGCCAUUGCGUGCUUUCUGUCGGCACAUACGAAGUUACUAUGCCCUGCUGGGAUGACGGAACAGUAUCAGCAUCAAUUGUACAGCCAAGCACUUCGCGACAUGAAAGAAGCCGUGGAAUCGCCUCGAGAGGUGGACUUUGAAGCCGUUGUUGCGGCAAUGAUGGUCCUUGGAGACUUCGAGAUUGCUUGCGGUCGUGUCGAAAAUGUCCUCGACCAUGCCAGGGGCGCGGAAGCAAUUCUUAAAGCUUGGGAACCGGGUAGUAUUCGAUCUGCAUGGGCUCUGGAUCUGCUCGAGGUGAUGGCCUCUUCACUGAUUGCAGUAUCGCUGGCAACCGGUCAGGAAUGCUUCCUAGACAAACUGGAAUGGACGGACGUGUUUGACAGAGCCGCUUGUCAACCAUUAAUCCCAGCCCGUGAGCUGAUCAAUUUCGAAUAUCUUAAAUGUUGCGCGCGAUUAGCCACCAUAGUCCGCUUGUUGAGAAAUAAGACUGAAGAAGGCAUCUCACCGGAGACCGCCAAACUUAUCGACCAAGAGUGGAGAAGGGUUUCCCAAAUGAGCGAAGAGGUGAAGAAUCUCAUGGGCGAUUGCACAUUCGUGAUUGAAGUGAGCUCCGAAGACAACGAUAUCCCAUUCGAGACCUACUACCGAUUCUCCGACGUUCAACUAUGCGAGACUCUGUGCAACGUGUGGAAACUCUUCAUCCUCGUCUCGGCACUGGUACAACAUUAUUUCCCUGACGAUAUCACGUCGAAACAUCGACGCGACCAAGCACAGGCCGCGAUCAAUAUCUGCAAAUGCUUUGAAUUUGUCCGACCACUGAAACCAGUCGGGGCAUUUUUCAUGCAUCUGAGCCUCCCUCGGGCGGCCGUAGCGCUUCCUGACCCUUACAGGCAGUGGGCUUUGUCAGCGUACAAGGAAAUACUUGACUCGGGACUCGCGAUAGGAUUCGACAUCGCAGCUCCUACGAAACUCCUUGCGCGAUGGAUGUCCGGCUGGAACGGGUCGUCAUAUCAGAAAUGGUGGCUGGGAGGGGAUGAUCAGUGGGAGUGA